UUUUUUUUUGUUCUUGGACUUUUCUUUUCCCAUUGUCACGUUUCUCACGCCGUCGCCGGUCGUAGCUGCCGCGUCGUUCGUUCGUCGGCAAAAGUGUUAGGAGAAGGUCUGAGUCCCGUGUGUACCCGAGUAAACCCGCUCUGCACAAUCACCCCGCUUGUACCCCGCGGUGAUAGGGAGGUGGUGAGUGACAAGUGCCCGCCAACAGAAUUAUAGUCACAGUAGUAGGGAAACGGCGGAGGAGUAGAAAAACGAUAGCAUAUCCUCUUCGCUUCGCUUUUCACUUCUGCUCCUGCUCCUGCUUCUGCUUCUCCUUUCUCUCGUCCUCUUUCUCUUUUCCUGCGCGCUUAGAUCGUCAAUUUCUAAGCUGUCCCCCUUACGGCGGUCUUCUUCCUCCGGUAUUCGCUCCGCCUCCCGUCGACGACCUCGGCACCUAUCCGCACUGCGCCAUUCUUUAUAUUCCUUUAUACUGUAUAGAGUGCACUCUCUCCCCCGGACUCUCUUCCUCUCUUCGCAUACUAUUGUAUCAGUCCUAUAAUAAAACUACCCCAAGUUCCACAACCACACAGCCCCACCAAUGGCCCCCGAUAUCUCCAACGGCCUCAACGGCCACCCCGCCACCGACGACUCCAAUGCCGAGUUAUGGAGACAUCCCGACCCGACGUCGACGCAGAUGCAUGCUUUCAAGGAGCGUGUUAAUGUUAAGUAUGGGCUCAAGCUUGAUCAUUAUGAGGAGCUGCAUAAGUGGUCUGUAGAGAACAUUAGUGACUUCUGGGGAGAAGUGUGGGAUUUCACUGGGAUCAAGGGGAAUAGGGUUGAUGAACCGGUCCUCCCCCCCAACGCCCCCAUGUACCCCCGCCCCGACUUCUUCCCCACCACCACCCUCAACUUUGCCGAGAACCUCCUUUACCCUUCUUCUUCCCCCGACCCCUCCAGUCCAGCCAUCAUUGAGGCCAACGAGACUUCUUCCCACCCAAUCAGCUGGGCCGAUCUCCGCGAGCGCGUCCGCCGCUGCACCCUCGCCCUCCAAUCCCUCUCCCUCGCCCCUGGCGACCGCGUUGCCGGUUUCCUCGGAAACACAGCCAAUGCCGUCGUCGCAGCGCUAGCAGCAGCGAGUAUCGGCGUCGUCUGGACGGGUGUUAGUCCCGAUACGGGGGUCCAUGCGGUGCUAGAGAGGUUGGUGCAGAUUGAGCCCAAGGUGCUGUUUGUGGAUAAUGGGGUUGGGUAUAAUGGGCGCACGCAUGCGAGUGGGGUGAAGGCGAGGGGGAUUGUCGAGGGGUUGAGGGGGAAGGGGUUGAUGGCUGUUGUUGUGUUUGAGACUGUGGUGGGGUUGGAGUGUGGAGUUGAGGAGUUGGCGGAGGUGAUGGAUGAGGGGGCGAAGGCGUGGGAGUAUAAGGAUUUUGUGGACAGCGUCCCCAACCCAUCCGCCCCCCAAACAUUCACCCCCCUCCCCUCUUCCCAUCCCCUCUACAUCCUCUACUCCUCCGGCACCACAGGCGCCCCAAAAUGCAUCGUGCACUCCGCCCUCGGCACUUUGAUCCAACACAAGAAAGAACACAUCAUCCACGGCGACCUCCUUCCCUCCUCGCGCCUCCUCUACUACACUACCACAACCUGGAUGAUGUGGCACUGGCUCGUUUCCGCGCUGUCCGUCGGCUCUACAAUCGUCGUCUACGACGGCUCGCCAUUCCGUCCCGCGGGGGAGAUGUCAAUGCCCUACCUCAUCGAUUCGCUGAAGAUUACGCAUUUCGGGACGUCGGCGAAAUACCUCUCGAUACUGGAGCAGAAACACACGCAGCCCCUGCUCCCGCAACCCGAUGGGUCGAACGCGGCUUCCCUAGCAACGCUAAAGGCUAUCUACUCCACUGGCUCCCCGCUCGCGCCGUCAACGUAUAAAUACAUCUACGCCAACUUCCCACCUACAGUCCAACUAGCAUCCAUAACAGGGGGGACAGAUAUCAUAUCCCUCUUCGGCGCACCUAACCCCCUCCUCCCCGUCUACGUAGGCGAAAUCCAAGGCCCCGCCCUCGGCCUCUCUCUCCUCGCCGUCUCACCCACGGGUGACCCAGUCGCGCCCUCUGAACCAGGGGAUCUGGUAGCUACUGUCCCGUUCCCUGCUCAGCCUACUACGUUCUUCGGCGCAAAGGGGGAUGCGAAGUAUUUCGAUGCGUAUUUUGCCGUGUUUCCCAAGGUGUGGCAUCACGCCGAUUUCAUCUCCUUCGUCCCGCAUACCGAUGCUGGGCGCGCGGGUACGAACAACGCCGCGUCAGGCCUACUGAUGCUGGGACGCAGCGAUGGGACGCUAAAGCCUGCGGGUGUGAGGUUCGGGUCCGCGGAGAUCUACAACAUCCUUCUCGCGCACUUCCCCGAGGUCUCAGACGCCGUAUGCGUCGGUCGUCGUCGCGCGGGUGACGCAGACGAGACGGUGUUGUUGUUCUGUAUGAUGGCGCCUGGGGAGACGUGGAGUGAAGAGCUGGGAGCGAGGAUUAAGAGGGAGAUUGGCACGAGGUUGAGCGCGAGGCAUGUGCCGGGGGUGGUGUGUGAGGGGGGCGGGGUGCCGGUGACGGGGAAUGGGAAGAAGGUGGAGGUGGCAGUAAAGAGGGUUGUUAGUGGGGUUGAAGGGGGGGUGGGGGAGAGUGUGGUUAAUAGGGAGGUUUUGGAGUGGUAUCGGGAGUGGGCGGGAAAGAAUUAG